AUGGUCAGUGCAGGGGCCAAGAAGACCUGUUACUACGAGCUCCUAGGUUUGGAUCGAAAAUGUGAAGCUGCGGAGAUCAAAGCCACCUACCGCAAGCUUGCGCUUCGCAUGCAUCCCGACAAGGCGCACCAAAAUGGAAUGUGCCCCGAAGAAGCAACGAAGCGCUUUCAGCAGAUUCAAGAGGCCUACUCCGUCCUGUCAGAUGCGCAGGAGAGGGCCUGGUACGACGCCCACCGAGAGCAAAUCCUCAGAGGCGAUGAUGGGCCCGGCGAGGACCCUUUCAAGACCAAGAUCAACCUAUACAAGUAUUUCAGCGUGUCCUGCUUCGAUGGCUUCGGGAAUGAUGCUCGCGGCUUUUACGCGGUGUAUGCCGAGCUGUUCGAGGCCAUCGAUGCUGAAGAGGAGCAGUGGGAGGAUGCUGAUGAAGAUCAUAUGGCCAUGCCUCCGUUUGGGCGUUCCGACACUGAAUGGGCCGACGUGUCAGCCUUCUACAGGCACUGGUUGGACUUUUGCUCCAGGAAGGCAUUUGGCCAUGCAGAUCAGUGGAACCCCAAGGAUGCCACAAACAGACAAGUCCGCAGAGCUAUGGAGCAGGAAAACAAGAAGGCCCGGCAGGCUGCAAAGAAGGAGUUCAAUGCAGAGGUCCGACAGCUGGUAAAGUUCGUGCAAAAGCGUGAUCCCAGAUAUCAAGCACGUCAGAAGCAGCAGAUGAAGGAGAACAUGGAGAAGUCUCAGCGUGAACGGGCAGAAAAAGACCGCAGAAAGGCUGAUGAGGCCAAGGAAAAAGAAGAGCGCAAGGCAGCGGCAAGACAAGCUGAGGAGGAGCGAUGGGCAGAAGCCAAAGCAAGAAAAGAGGAGCAAAGAGCUCGAGGCGAAGUUGUCAGUGAGGACGAUGAGGAGGAUAGCGAGGAGGAGCAAGUUGAAUAUUUCUGCGAACCCUGCAGAAAAAGCUUCAAGUCAGAGAAGGCUUUUGACCAGCACGCCAAGAGCAAGAAGCACUUGCAGGUGGUUGCGAAGCUCCGGAAGGAACUGGACCAGGAGUUGGAGGAAGAGGCGAGAGCGUCCAAGGCAAGCAAGGAGGAAGCCACGGAAGUCCCGCACGACCAAGGAGAGCCCAUGCCAGCCGAAGAAAGAAGAGAGGAGCCCGCGGAGCCCGCGCCAGCAAAGCUCCCGGAUGAGACUCGAGACAUGGACUCGGAGACCAGAGAGGACGAUGCCAACAGCGAGAGUGGAAGCGACAGCGAGGACAAUUUCCUGGCUCGCUUUGCUGCGCAGAAGCAGGGCAGCCGUGGCGGCUACCCGCAGCCUUCCAAAGAGAGCGAAAGCGACAAGGCAGAAGACAGCCCGGACGAGCAGCAAGAAGACAUUCGCGGGCGAAGGGUCAGGGCCUGGAUCAUGCCAAUUGCCGACAUCGACUACCGGGAGUACUUCACUGCUGAGAAGAUCGCUGACUUGAAGGAGUCGUUUGAUAGCUUCGAUGUUUCUGGAGAUGGGCGGAUCGGAGCCGAUGAGCUGUAUGGCAUGUUUAAGAAGCUGGGCACGAAUUUGACUCGCUCGCAGAUUCGAGAAGUCAUGCGUGAGGUCGAUGCAGACGGGAGUGGCGAAAUCGAGUUCGAGGAACUGUGUAUACUGGAAAUCAAGAUGGCGCGCUCCCGUCCGCGAGCGGAUCUUAUCGACUACCAGGACUAUCUCGACUGCAAAACCGUCCAGAAAUUGGAAGAGGCUUUCGACCGAUUGGACGUGGACGCGCGGGGGUUUGUAUCGGUCUUUGAGAUGAAGGGCUUGUUAGAGGCACAGGGCUGCAAGUCGACGGAAGAUGAAAUCGACGAAAUUUUGGGUGAGUUGAACAGCCAGGGAGAGUUGGACUUCAGCAGCUUUGCGGCAGCCUGGGCCAUUGCCAACCAACAUCGGAAGCACAUCAACUACCGUGAGUUCUUAGACAAAGACGAGGUCGAAGAGCUGAAGUCCCUUUUCGAGGAGGGUACUCUCCCAGGCCAGGGCUUCAUGGCGAUCUCGGAGCUGGAUCACAUCUUCCGGAAGAUGGGGUACCCCAUGAAGACCAAGCAGCUUCGGGGCUUGCUUCGGGACUUCGACAGCGACUCCUCCGGGGAGAUUGACUUCGAGGAGUUUUGUGUCAUGAUGCUGCGGCUCAAGUGUGCCAAGCAGGUUCGGUCGAUCAGCCCGGAGACGCACGACUGCCGGACCCUUUGGCUGGAAGAGGGCUUUACGGCCAUGGAGCUGCAAAAGUCCGGGUACAGCAUCGCGCACAUGAAGGCCGCAGGCAUCUCCGUCCGCCAGAUCCUGGCCGAGGCGGAGGUCACCGCCCUGGAGAUGCGCCGCUGCGGCUUCUCGGCGCAGGAGCUGCGCAAGGCGGGCAUGGGGGCCAGCGAGCUCCGGGCCGCCGGCUUCUCCCUGGCCGAGCUAAGGCUUGCUGGCUUCUCCCAUGCCGUCCUUCAGACGGCCAACAAGACCCUGCGCUCCUACCUGACGAAGGGAAACCUGACAGUGCUGCCGCAGCAAAAUCCCAAGUUCGACCCCAAGAGGAAGAAGCACACGCCUUUCAUGAAACUCUGGUGGGCACCCAAGACCUCAGAUGAUCCCAAACCAGUCACUCCACGCAUCCGAGAGCACACCGACUACCGACCCAAGUCAAAGUCUUCUCGCCCGGCUACCACAGGCUCAGCAGAGGUGGGGGACGACCCUUUACGGCAGCUUAAGAAGAGCAGCAAGAGGUUGGCCAUGCCCACGAGCCUGCUUCAAUCAAGUUGCAUAGGACAUGUGGCCAAUGAGGCUUUCCUGGGAACUGCCUCACCUGCCGAGGUCGGCGGGGGCAAGCCACGCAAGAAGGAGGUCGCCGAGCUCUCUGCCAAGGAUGGGCCUAUUCCCGAGGGCAACGUCUGCGGCGUCUGCGGCGAGGAUUUUGGCAGCCGAUCAGCCAUGUUCAAGCACAUCAAGGCAACAGGCCACGCCAUGCUCAAGCCUCUUGUGGCGGAAGAGCCCGCCAAGGGCAAGAAGAAGCGGAGGUAG